AUGGUUGAAAAAGAAAUUAUCAAUAUUUCGAUUAAAUUGUUUUGGAAUGUAAAUGAUUCAUCAGCAACUUUCGUUAGACCUUUAGAAUUUACAACUGUUUUAAACCAUGGUUGUACAACAAUCAAGGAUCUGGACGAACCAGACACAAUUUUAUUAAAUGGAAAUAGCUACAAAAAGAUAGUAGAUAGCGAUAUUCACGAUUUGAAAUCCCCUAUUAAUAAUGUUUCCUUGGAAGAGGUACAGGCAAAUUACGUUGAAAAUACAGAGAAAAACCAUAAAAAUGAAGAAGAAUUAAUGCAUGAUGAUUUACAAGAGCCACUUGAUGAAAAUGAAGAAUUAAUUCUUGAUGAUUCGAUAUCAUCACAAGAGCCACUUGAUUCUCAAAAUAAUCAGGAAAAUGAGGAAUUAAUGCUCAACCAAUCUAACAAUCAUAUUGAUUUUCAGGAUAACCAG